GGCGAGGCGGAGGCCGGAAGCGGAUGUAGGAAGUGGAGGUUUGUUUACGUUUUUACUGCAGCUGUUUCCCCGCGGCUGCGCGGCUCCGGCUCAGCAUGGUCUGCGAGAAGUGUGAGAAGAAACUUGGCACUGUGAUUACACCUGACACAUGGAAGGAUGGAGCAAGAAACACUACAGAAAGUGGCGGACGAAAACUAAAUGAAAAUAAGGCACUGACUUCAAAGAAGGCCAGAUUUGAUCCUUAUGGGAAGAACAAAUUUGCAAUAUGCCGGAUUUGUAAGAGUUCUGUUCAUCAGCCAGGGUCUCACUACUGCCAGGGAUGUGCUUAUAAAAAAGGCCAUGCCUUGACCUUCUUUGGAGGCAGUCUUGGAUCUUCCAUCUUCCUGUUUUAGGGAGAGGCUGGUAAAAGCAUGGUUAUUAAAUUCAGUGGAGCUCUGCUGAUUUACACCAGAAGAAAAUGGGGUCCAGUGGAAGAACAGUGUAAAAUCAAGUCCAGUAAGACAUCUGUGAUGCAUCUUUUUAAUUGGGUAACACUCAGCAUGUCUCCCAUUUCACACCCUAGUCAAAAGCUUCACCCAUGUAAAAGUUCAGACUAAGAGUAGAUAAGGAAAGACCUCUUUCUGUGUAACCAACUCCAGCACAUAAGUCUCUAACUUGAAAAAAAAUCUUGUAUGUCAGGAAGUGUAUGUUUUCUCUGUCCACUGUGAGAGCAGAAGCUAAAGUGGCAUAUUCUGAAAACUAGGAUGGGAUGCAGUAUCUGCCUUAUAUGGAUGAGGGAUAGCUCAGUGGUUUGAGCAUUGGCCUGCUAAAACCAGGGUUGUUAGCUCAGUCCUUGAGGGGGCCACUUAAGGAUCUGGGGCAAAAUCAGUACUUGGUCCUGCUAGUGAAGACAGGGGGCUGGACUCAAUGACCCUUCAGGGACCCUUCCAGUUCUAGGAGAUAGGUGUAUAUUAAAAAAAAAAAAAAAAAAAAAAAGGAAUGAAGAGUUAACAGGAGUCUGAUAUCUCAGCCCACUUUGCUGCACCUAGAGGAUUUGUCAGGUCUGAUUUGUUGUUAGAUUCAGCUGGAGAGGAGGUGGGUCUUCAUAAAAGAAAUCAGUGAAUGCUACAGGUGAAAUCCAAGGAAAAGACCCAGUAAAGAGGAUUUCUCUCUCUGGGGAAAGCUGAUGGAAGAAGGCUAUAGGGAUGGAAUCCCUAUGAAGGCCCUGGAAAUGUGACAAGGAUGAGAGAGACAGUCCUGAGGUUUUAUGUUCCACAAGAGAGCAGUUGGCAGGACCUAUGGAGAAGCCAAAGACCUGUGAACUAGAGGAGAGACUAGACUGAGUGAAGAAGCCCCAUGACGGUAUGCUUUUCUUACGUCAGAACGGUGGGAUUAAAAUGUGAUCUGGCCAGAAGGCUGAGAAGAAAACUAUGGGACUGGAGUGACUGUCAGCAGAGGGUAUUAGAGUGGAAAAAACUACUGCACCUGCCAAGCUAUGUGGAGGCACAUGUUGUGGUGAGUCAACUUUUUCACAUAGCAUAAAUGGGAAUCUUUUGCCUUGAUGAGGUAAAAUCAAUGCUGUUAAGAGACAUUACGCUCCUACAGCAAGAGGAGAUUAUAGGAUGCUCAUUUCCAGUUUUCUGUCUGAAAAUUAGAUUGUUCAGUUAGUCUGUUCAGGCUCACAUGCCUGUUACUGGCUGUACCUUUUCCAAUUCUAGUAAUAUAAUUCUUAUUUUCUGUGUUCCCCCCAGGUUAAAAUGUAUUUCUAUAUUAUUGCUAUAUUCUUCAAUGUGUCCUGUUCAGUGUGCUGAUGAGAUCUGAUUACACAUAUGAUUGCUCAGUGUUAGGAGUUGGACUUGUAAACCAAGUAAUUCUAAUCACAUGAAAGAAUUAAACUGGAUGUAUAUUGUGUUGUGAUGCAUGGCUAGAAAGUGUUAAACAUCCUGCAAAAUAAAUAACCCUCAAAAGAC